AUGACAAACUGGAAAAACAAGAGCUGUUUCUCUGGCCGCUGUUCCAUCUGCUCCUCUGAGCUCCACGAUGACAGACCGUCAGGCGUAACCACGGCGCCCGCUGACUCUUCACACCACAACAACACGUCUCACCGCGCUGCUCCGACCCGGACGACAUGGCGGGAUCUGGAGAUUAUCCUGCUCUCGAGGGCUCUGGGAUCGGGGGGAUGA